AUGCAGAGCAACCCUGCUGUUCAAAUUCCUCAUCAUGAGAGAGAAAGCAACCUCUUACAAGGUGAUGACAACUACCUGUCUGAUGGGGAGGACAUCUUUUUUCCGGGUCCUCUGAUGAGCAGUAAGAUCCAGAUGGAGGACGUGAUGCGUUUUAUCCAGAAGAAAUCCCAGGAGUGCCUACAAAAGGUGGAGGAACCUGACCAGAAGGAGACCUAUUUCUUCUGGAAGGUGAUGGAGCUGCGUUGCAGCAAAAAUGGAAAAGCAGAGCUGGCAGAUGCUGCAACUGUCCUUUUCAAGAACUACAGGCUUCUGAAGAAAAGGAGAGCGGUUAAGAACCAAGAUAGCUGGUGUCUUUCUCUGGCGAAACUUUUGUGCUCUGCCGACCCAGAAGACGAGAUAUUGGAUGCUCUGACCACAGGGCUUCCCCAGCCAAAUUUCCAAAUCUUCAAGUGCUAUCACGCCAGUAGGCUAGCCGAGCUCGGCCAUUACGACCAAGCCCUCGAGUACUGCGAGGCCAUCGCUACAGCAAUUGCUACUUUACCACGCCAAAUCACCAAGACCACAAUGAAAAUGACCCUUGCGCUGUCUGAGAAGCUACACCAAGGGAAGGAAGAAGAACCGGAGUGGCUGGUAAACCUUCGUCAGCUGUACGCGGACGGAGUGUAUAAGCUGAAGAACUCCGAACGUGGCCUCAUGACUAGUGAGAUGUUCAGUCUCCAGCGUCCACGUCAGGAAGGCCACAUUACACCAUGGGAGGUGUUUGAGUCCCUGUACACUCCGGGAGAGCUGCUGGGUGAAGGAGGCUUCGGGAGCGUCUGUGCAGGAGUCCGUAAUGCUGACGGAAAACAGGUUGCCAUUAAAUACGUGGGGAAGGAAAUGAAUGAAGCUUUCAUCACCAUUCCUGGAGAGACAAACAGCCUUCCUCUGGAAGUUGCUUUAAUGCAAAUGGUGUCCAAGCCAUAUUGCCAUGAAAAUGUCUUGGAGCUGAUCGAGUGGUUCGAGAUGUCGGACUGCUUCAUCUUGAUCCUGGAGAGACCAAUCCCCUGCACAGACCUCCGAAAAUUCCUAAAAGGUCACAAAGGGCGAUUGUCUGAAUCACUGGCAAAACACAUCAUGCGUCAGGUGGUUCAGGCCGCUCGCCACUGCUCUGAAUGUGGUGUCCUGCACCGUGACAUCAAGCCGGAGAAUAUUCUCAUCAACACCGACACACACCAGCUGAAGCUGAUAGACUUUGGCUGUGGUGAUUUGCUGCAGGACACCCCCUACAGAUAUUAUGCAGGAACUAGAGCUUACUUCCCACCUGAGUGGAUAUGUGAGGGCGAGUAUAUGGGUGAUCAUGCUACCGUCUGGAGUCUGGGAGUUCUACUGUUUGACAUGGUAUGUGGAGAACUGCCCUUCUGGUGCGAGAAGGACAUCGUUGCCUGGGACUUGCACUUUGCUAACGACCUGUCCGAAGGUUGCCGUGACCUGAUCCAGUGGUGUCUGGAGCUAUAUCCUCACUGGCGCCCAACGUACGAGCAAAUCCUCAGCCACCAGUGGUUUGAGGAACCUAAGAAGAAUGUCAAGGUACAGAACCUGUGUCCUCUUCCUGAGAACAUCAUCACGCCAUGGGAGGUGUUUGAGUCGUUGUACACCCCGGGAGAGAUGCUGGGUGAAGGAGGCUUCGGGACAGUCCGUGCGGGAAUCCGUAAUGCUGAUGGCAAGCAGGUUGCACUGAAAUAUGUGGAGAAAAAAACAGAAGAUAAAUUCAUCACCAUUGUAAGUAAACUUCUACUUCUGAGAUUCUUCUGCAGAGACGACAUAGAGUCCAAAUAA